AUGUUACGGGAAACUGCCACGCAAAGGGUUCAUGACUUGAAGAGGAAAGCUACUACAGAUCUAUCUCCCGGCGAUGAAGAUGGAUCUUUAGAAAAUACUGAGAAAGAUGAACAACCCAAGAAGAAAGCGCGCAUCCAAUCCCGACAGGAAUUAGAGAGGUCUCGCUCAGAUCUCUCAGCUGCAGGUGAAAAGGGUACAAAAAGGAAAACGAGCGGCCGUGCCAAUGCGCAAUCCCCAAAGAAAUUGAGAUCGCAAAAAAUUGAUUCAGACGAACAUGAAGCUGAAGACUUGGGUGACCGAUACUUGUCGGUGAAGACGACAGGUAAACGAUUGACGGAGGAAGAAGUUCGGACAAAUUUAGAAUUCAAUCAACUUCGAAUCAGCAAACCGCGGACGAUCCUUAAAACUAGACCCAUACCUACUAGGCCGAUCGGAUGGGAUGAAGAAGACCAAAGCGAGAAUGAGUUACGCGAAAUGGAUGAUUGGAAGCGCCAGGGAACUCAGCCUGAUAGUUCAAAAAGUUUCUUCAAGGUCAGAUAUGUGAACUUGAUCAAGAAGCAGCCGGUUUCCCGACAUGAUCUCGAAGAUAGGCCUAGUAGCGAUGGGUCUCCCAAUUUUAAGAAGUUCAAGCCGAAAAACGGCCAGGCACCGCCACACACAUACACGCCUGCCAAACCCUACACACGCCGCAAUUUGAAAAUGACGACUGAUCGACUUCAGCCAAGCAAUAUCGAUGAUCACGAGCACGCAAGAAAAUCGAGGGAAAAAAGUUCAACUCAAGUUCCUAUCGAGAUGGAUGAUGAAGACGAUGACAUGGAAGCCGAAAGCGCGCCGAAAACCACUGCCAAAGGCAAAGGGCGGGCGGAUAGAACCAAGUCUGCAAGGUCUGCAGUAGGAUCACAAACGACACUCAACUUUGGAGCCAAAUCCAAACACAGCAAGGACGGAACAGCGGACGAACAACCGCAACGAACUUCACGCUCUGGCAAGAGCCGAGCCCCUGAUCCAUCGAGUGAAUCAGAAGAAGACCCCUCCCCCAAAAAACCGCCACCUUCAACCAGAACACUCACUCGUCCCUCGCGCACCCAGACCAAAUCCCAACGCACCAAACGUGUCGUGUCUGUCGAUAACGGAUCGGAAUCCGACGGCGACGAACUCGCUUUCAAGGGAUUCACUCGCACUCGGGCAUGAAUCCCAGAAGAGAGAGAGAGAGGGGGAGCUUGCAGUGAAGCUCAAGUAUCAUGAGAUUAACCGGAAUUGACUCUUGUUAUUUAUGUUUCUCAAUUCAUUUAUCAUUGCUGAUGGUGCCUGCAAUAAGUCCAAUGGUCACCACAGGUUUCAUCCAUACAAUUAGGGUGUUGCCUCUUGGUCCCCUUUGGCUUCUUUCAUCUUUUGGUGAUCUUUUCUUGGCUAUUGAUGCACACUGUAUAUCAUAUUGUUUAACUCUUCUCUUUCAUUUGAUCAUUGUGAAUUACUGGUCUCUAUGACUGAAAAAUAGUAUCUAUUGGUCAUUAUAAAAAAAUAAGAGAAAGGGGGAAAAAU